AUGGGAAACGACGCGCUUCGUCUCAAUCCCCCGAACUCAACCUUCCAUCUGAGCACGAACGGCUCAGACUGGUUGUGGGCGGUGUUUUCUAUCAUGGCCGUCUCCCUUUUAGCCGCUAUUGGUGGAUCACUAAUGCGGCCUAAGGGCACUCGGCUCUUCCACCAGAUUGCUGUCAUCGUUUUAACUACCGCCAGUAUUGCAUACUUCUCUAUGGCGUCAGACCUCGGCGCGACACCGAUAACCGUCGAGUUCCGUAACGAUAACAACCCUAAUCCAACCCGUCAAAUCUGGUAUGUUCGGUAUAUUCAAUGGUUCAUCACCUUCCCUCUACUGCUCCUCGAAUGUCUCCUCGCUACUGGGCUGUCACUGUCCGACAUCAUGACUACGCUCUUCAUGGCCAUCGUACUAGUCGUAUGCGGCCUGAUCGGCGCACUCGUACACAGCACCUACAAGUGGGGUUACUUCGUCUUUGGAGUAUGCGCACUCUUCUACAUCUGGUACGUGCUCCUACUGCAUGCACCGUCAACGACCUUCGCGGCGGGUGGCGAGACGCGCAGCGGCUACUACGCAGCAGCCGGCUACCUCUCAUUCAUGCUGAUCACCUACCCGAUCUGUUGGGCGUGCUCAGAGGGCGGCAACGUCAUCACGGUCACCUCCGAGAUGAUAUGGUACGGCAUUCUCGAUAUCCUCACCGGCCCAGUCUUCCUCGCCAUCUUCCUUUGGGAACUCCGGAGCGUAGACUAUGAGGCGUUCGGCUUCAACUCCGGCAAGUACGUCGACCACGGUGACGUGCCCACCAGGGAGAAGCAGCGGAUGCAAACCGAGCCUGCCACCCACCAGGCUACUUCCACUGGUGUGCAGGCGUAG